GUUAUAAUUUAGCCAUUUUGGAUCGAUUUAUGCCCAUUGUACAUAGAAAUAUUCCAAACAUUUUUGGGUUGGGGCAGAAGUGUUUUACAAAUAUCUCUUGUUUUAUGAAGGUUAAACUCCUCUUGCUGCUAUAGUCAAUAUUUGGACCCAAAAAGCAGUAAAUGUACAGAAUGUCCCGCUGGAUCUUUUGGUUGGAACUGUAAGAUGAAAUGCCCUGAGAGGUUUUAUGGACGAUUAUGUAUUUCUUACUGUAAUUGUCCAACCUCUGACUGCAAUCGUGUAACUGGGUGUGUUGCAGAAAACAGCACUAGUUUUUCUUCUUUAUCAACCGUUGUUACACAUCAAACAACAAAAAGUACUAAAAGGACACAUAUAAUGGGCAAUCUGCAAACCAUGAAAAUGCCCCUUCUGUUUCCAGCAAAACAGCAUGAUCAAAAUAAAAAUAUCAACCGUCACGAUGACACAUGGAUAGCUCUAAGCUCUACUCUGUUUGGUUCGCUUGCAACACUCGUUCUGAUUGGAUGUUUUCUGUACUUCCGUUCUCGGAGGCUUAAAGUGCAAUUUCCGAAAAGAAUUCAAAGGAUUUUAUUUUCGGGCGUAGACGAAGAAAGAAACAUACAACUUCUCCACGAGGGCCAUCACCCACCAUUCACAGUCACCACAUUAAACCGAUGUCAGGAUGACGAUACCUAUAUGGAAAUACGGUGUUCUCAAAUAUCUGGAGCAUGCUCAGAAACAUGCACAAAUACAGUAAACAAUAAGGAGAAAGAACACGCUGCUUCCAAAGAGCUUAGAAAAAAUUCAAGAAAUACAAAUUUGUACGGAAAAUGUUCAUUUGAAAAUGAAUAUGACCAUGUUAAACUGAGAGUGAAAUCAAGCAUUCCUGAGUUACCCCAUCAGAAAUUUGGAAUUGGAAAAGUUCUGGAUUAUGUCGUUCUCUCUGAUGAGGGUCGAUUGCAAGAACAGAUUACAUUUCAUGACGAAAGCAGCAAAUCUUUAACUUUACCUUCCAGUUGUAAAACAGUUAAACAAAAAUUACAGCAACAUUCCUACAGUUUAUGUCGUGUCAAAUCAGAAAAUGAGUUAAAAGAUGCACAAAUUACAAAUGAAAAAGAAAAGAAAUCAAUUAAAACAUCUUCAGACAUUUCAGUGACAACAAAAGAUCCCGGGUUUAAGGAGGCCAGUCGACCUUACAGUUUGGCUCAUUCGUUGUCACAUAAUAAUUUAAGUUUAGAUGAUGAAGGGACAUUAGGAAGAGAGCCAUUCAGUAGUGUUACACCGGAAGAUAUGCAAGGAAAGAACCCAGAGAAUUUGAUAAACAGUCGAUAUAGCUAUGUUCAAAAACUGGUAGAUUAAGAAAAAAAUUAUAAACUAUAUUGAAGAUACAGUGUUA